AUGACGUCGACGAUCAUGCGGCACACACUGGGUGGCCCUCGGCAGCCGGGCACGGCCUCGGGUCAAUCCCCGCCGCGGCAUCACAACGACUUUGAGUUUCGCUGCGACGUGACCGGCUUGCCCAUCAUCUGCUCUCGUUGCCAGAGCUGCGAGGUGCAACGUCACAUGCUGAACAAUGAAGUCUGGUUUGGCCAGCUUCCCGGAACCCACCAGCGCCGCUUCCUCUUUCGCCUCAUCGACGCCGCUCCCGUGCCUUUUCUUCAGUAUAUUGUCAACCUCUUGCAACCUCUGAAGCAUCGAGACACGCUUUACGCCCUUCAUAAUACCAAGGGUGUCACCGAUGGCGCCAAAGCCGAAGUCUUGCUCUCCAGCCUCCACGAAGCUGACAAUACCCGUUUGACCCAGCGGUCCCGCCUUGUGCAGCCCGGGGGUCACAAAUCCCUUCCCAACUCAUCUUCAAGUCUCACCGCCAUUCGCCGCAGUGCCCGAUCAGCCCGCAGCGCCCGAACAGCCCGCGUUCGCUCCGCCAACCCAAGCACUCCCCAGAGUUCUCCACCAACCGCGAGUUCACAGUCUCAGCUACGUCGCGCCACCCCACCCUCCAGCGCUCGCCGUCGCCGCCCAUCCCCCAAUCAAAGCGGCACGAGUGGGCCCGUGGCUUCGCGCUCCGUCAGUGCUUCCCUGCACCCCACAUCGCCCCCUUAUGGUUCUGUUUCUUCAAGCUUCGCCACCAGUAACAACUCAGCGAGCCUACCUGCAAAGGGCCGCCGUCGCUCCCAUGCCGCGCUAGCCGCCACCGUCAAUCGCCGCAUGGGUGAAACCGGUCUCCAAGUUGGCGUGCCCCGCACGUUUCUGCCCGGCCUGGCCGCUCAGGAUGAGAGCUAUGAAAUGCGCAGCGCCCUCGCCUGGUUUGCCAUGACCACCCAUUGGUGUCGCCUGGCCGCCUUUCAACGUCUCCACCGGUUUGCUGGCGUGGACCUCCUCCGACCGCUCGUCAAUUAUGCCGAAGAGCGCCUCCGUGAGAGCGGGCCCGACGAGGGUACCGCCAAAUGCGACAUCAUCAAGCUGCUACCUCCACCACUUUCCAAGUAUCUCAUGGGUUUUUUCACCUUUCGUGACCUCCAAGUGGCUGCCAAGGUCUCAGUUGCUUGGCGCGAUAUCGCCGUGCAGGUCAUGGAAGAUCAAACUCAUCGCCGUGAUGCCGACGACCUAAUCUUGGAUCUACGCAAGAACCACGCCCGCGCUCAAAACACAAACCUUGUCCAGCUCGAGGUGCCCACGGAACAUGGCUCGCUGACCAUUACGCAAUUUGAGACUGACAUCUUCUGCGGCCUCUACUCCGUCCUCCUCGUCAGCGACAUUUCCAAAAACAUUGCCCGCGUCUUGGAUUUUCGCGGAGGCGAGCACUUUGUCACCGGAUCCGCUGACAAGCUCAUUCGUGUCUACAACGCCUCCACGGGUCGGGUCGUGCAAACCAUCAGCGGACACGCCGGCUCCAUUCGUGGUAUUGCCAUGAGCGAUUCCCUCAACAUUGUCGUUUCCGGCUCUUACGACACCUCCGUUCGUGUGUGGUCCAUGGCGGAUCGCAGCUGCAUCACCGUCUUUCGUGGGCACAAGUCCACCGUCGUCACCGUCAGCAUCUGUGAGGAGGCGCUCCUGGUUGCCUCGGGCGGUCGUGACCGCUGCCUUAUCAUCUGGUCCCUCCGCACCGGUGCGGCGUUGCACACGCGCCACACCUCUGCACCCAUCACCACUUGUCGUAUCAUGUGUGACCACGUGUUGUUUGCCUGCGAAGAUGGUACCCUCACGCUCCUGCAGCUCAUUCGAUCUGGCGCAAGACCGAGCCACGGCAGCGCGGCCCCAGGGGAGGGUCUCGCUAAGCGUCAAGACAGCCACGUCGCUGUUCGGCCACAUAUGGGUGGUGCUAGCAAUGCUGCUGCUCACGCUGGUCGAGCACCCUUUAAGAGCCAUCUGAUCGAUCCGGUUGCCGUGCAGGAGGUCUUCACCGUUCAAGCACACGAUGGCAUGGUGCGCGAUGUCCAUUUGACAGAGUACCUUGCCAUUAGCGCGGGUGAGGAUGGCGCUUGCCACAUUUGGGCCAAACACUCGCGUGUUCUUGGGCCCAUGAAAACGCUGCGGCAUCUUCAGGCUGUCACUGCGUGUCGCCUAGCCGAUGGUCGGGUCAUCACCUCAUGUACCGACGGCAAGAUGCGUGUAUGGGUGGCUCGAACAGGGCAUUGCGUUCGUAUCUUCCGAGGCAAUGCCAAUUGCUUUGCCAUCAACGACUUUGCCUUUGGCAACGCGGAUCGCAUGAUCAUCAGCACGUCUGAAACGUUGGGCAUCCUGUCCUUUUCCAAGCAGGACCAGCGUGGAUUCAGUCUCAGCAGCCACAGCGAAGAUGCUGACUCUUUGUCCAACGCCGCAUCUAGUCAGGGUAGUCGCCAACAGAGUCGACACGACUCGGACGAGCUCAGACAUAGCCAUUCACGCCACCGCCUUCAUCUCGAAGUCGCAUCUGAUUCAGACCUUGAUGACCUCCGGGAUUCCGACGAUUCGGGAGACGACCAUGAUGGCCACUACCAUCGCGAUGAUAAUGGUGAUGAUGACGAUGACGACGACGACGACGAUAACGACGAUGACUGUCCAUCUCGUUCGCGCCGGUCUCGCCGUCGCCAAUCAGUGUCACUGGCAUUUGCGCGCCGGCGUCCAAACCGUCGACGAGGCAGCAUGCUCUUGGGACGUCACACCCCAGUCCUACAGACCCAACCGAAUUCUCGACCUGGCUCAGCUUCGCGCGACUCCUCACUGCAACCACCAGGCUCUGUUCGCCGUGGCAGUAUGGCGCAGCCACCAGGUUCUGCUCGUCGCGGCAGUAUGGCUUUACCACAGCGCCGCAUGUCGCGCUUGGAGCUGGCCACGCCCAAUGGUUCCCUACGUGGUAGCCUUCGAAUGGAAGCGGUGACGAUAGAUGAGCCCUCGUCGCAGAGUGCUCUUGAUCGCCGCCGGCGCCCCAGUGCUUCUGCUGAUUUGACGCAAGCCCGCAGCUUUACUCCAACGCUGUUUGCUUCGUCCAAGUUGAAUAUCCCCCAUUCCAGCUCCAUGCGUCGUGCCAGCAGCGCCUCGCGCCUCAACUUUUAA